AUGCUGAGCUCCGGCUCUAUCCAGCACCCCCGCACGAACAGCGCGGGGUGGUAUUAUAAUAAAUACAACCACCACCCUCCCUCCGCUGAGGGUCAUGGCCAUCACUUUAAACUGAGCGAGCAGAUCGACCGCUCAAAGCUUUAUGAAGGGCCCUCGCUGGACGAGAUCGCACUGGUGAGCGCCGCACGGGAGAACGGUUUCUGUCUCUGCGAGCGGACCUCGACGAAUAUGUUCGUCCGGGUGAUGGGUAGGGUACUUUGUUAUGAAAUCAUCGCCGAACUCGAGUUCACCCCUGAGCGAAAGUUGAUGAGCGUUCUCCUCCGGCGAAACCCCGCACACGAUUCCGAAGAGGCCGCCCGCAGCGCCGGCAACGGCGGGGGUCACCACUACUACCGAGAUCACCGAGAAGCCCUUGGAAAGGACGGAAACGAUGAAGCGAAAGAUAGAAAGGGAAUGCCGACGUCGAAAUACCUUAACAACACUUCUUUUUCUUCGUUUAAGACGGGCGAUUCAACACACUCGGCGCUCUCCCAUGAGCACAAGAGAGGGAAGACGGCGGCAACGGCAACCCCCGAGCAUGAUCCCGUCUGCGGGAUGUUCAAACGAUACAAAUGUCUCACCAAUGAAAAUUUGUCCACCGGGUUACCGAUUACCGGGAAAUGCCGGCUCGAAACUUUGAAUUGUUCGUUUACAAGAAACGCCGAUACGCCCUACUUACUGCUAGUGAAGGGUGCAGACAAGAUGAUGUUUGACAUCACAAACAUGGUGAACCCUCGAAACCAGAAGCUGAAGAAGGAUUUAACCAAGCAGCUUGACGAGAUGGCAAACAAAGGGCUUCGGACGCUCGUCCUCGGGCAGCGACAGCUCUCACAACAGGAGGUGAUAGAAUGGAUGCCCAUUUUCAACUCCGCGCAGUGCAGUAUAAGCUCUCGUGGUGCCCUCUUGCAUAAGGCCUACGCCCUAUUAGAAAAAGAUAUCGACCUCAUCGGAGCGACCGCGGUUGAGGAUCGCCUGCAGGAUGGCGUCCCGGAGACACUGCGGUUUUUCGCCAAAGCCUCGAUUGUGGUGUGGAUGCUCACUGGGGAUAAACGGGAGACGGCGAUCAAGAUCGCCUUCACGAGCGGCCUGAUGAACCAAGCUGGCGGGGAGUGGAUUUUUCACCUCGACGCUGGAGCCCUGGAGGGGGAGAGGAGCGGGGAGGAGACCUCCCUGCUCAGCUCGCCGGAGAGCCAAUGGGAGGGGCGUGGAGUCAACGACGCCGAACUGGAUAAUGGGCUAUCCAACAUGAAAAAUAGGAAGCCCGCGGGAUGGCCGGACAAGCCACUCACGCGUGUGGAAAGUGGAAGUACCGACAGCAUUUCUUGUCCGCUCCAGCGGAGGACCACCGAGAAAGGGGGCGCGUUUUCGGGGCCGAGGAGCGAGAACGGGAUGCCGACGACCAUGCGGUACUACUCGUCGUCGAUUUCGAGUAUAGUAAAUAGCACACAAAUAGGAAAGAAAAGAGAGGGGGUUGGCAGAAGAAUUCAAAUGAAUGAUCAGAACUUUUUCUCGGCAGCGGAGGUUAUAGACGCUCAGCUUGAGGAGGGGGAGCGUUUGUACGCGUUAGCCAAGGAAAAAUACGGUGAAACGAAAGUCAUCACCCUUGUCUUGGAUGGCAAGACGCUGGAGGUGAUUUUCAGCGAUGACAAGCGGCUCGAGCGCUUCUUUGCGUUGAGCUGCAAUUGCCAUAGUGCGAUUUGCUGUCGGAUGACACCAUUGCAAAAGGCUCAAAUUGUUUCAUUAUUUCAGAAAAAAACGGGAUUAGCUGCACUUGCCGUUGGGGAUGGCGCGAAUGACGUAAGUAUGAUCCUGGAAAGUCGAAUUGGGGUUAGUAUUAUGGGGUUAGAAGGCUCGCAGGCAGAGCUCGCGAGCGAUUAUGCCAUUCCAAAAUUUCGAUUUCUUAAGCGCCUUUUAAUGGUACACGGCCGCUUUUCAAUCUAUCGUGAUUCCCAUUGCAUUCUCUAUAGCAUCUACAAAAACGUAAUUCUUGUCAUUGGCCUGUAUACCUACUGCUUCUACAGCGCCUUUUCCGGAGUUUCGUUUAUUGAUUCCUGGCUUUUGGCAUUGUAUGGUGUUUUUUUUGUACUAUUGCAACCAAUAGCAAUAGGUACCCUUGAUAAAGAUGUCCCUGACGAGCUAGCAGAAUCUAUCCCGCAGCUCUACCCUCCCUUAUCUCGCGAACUGAUGUAUUUCUCCCGAGGUUAUAUUGCAAAAUGGCUUUUGGAUGGAGUCAUCGAGGGAUCUGUAUAUAUAUUUUUCCUUAUUUACUGCAUCAUGAGGAAAGAUGUAUUGUACCCGGAUAAGACCGCUGGGAUUGAGGAUUACGGGCAGGUUUUUUUCACGAUGGUCGUGUUGGCUGCCAAUCUUCGGAUGAUUAUUACCUUUCGUUAUUUGAUGAUCAUUUUUAUUAUUAUCUACGUGGUGGUGAUGGUUAAUCUUCCGUUGUUUGAGAUCAUCUACGCCCAUUUUCAUACUCUGGCGGGGCCGAAUUCCUCUGCUUUUAUUGCAAUGGAACAGUAUAGUUCGUAUAAUAUUUAUAUUUGCAUAAUUUUUGUGAUUGGUGUAUCGAUUGUCUACACGAUCAGUUCGAAUAACUGCAUUCAAAUGACUCGACCGUGGACGAACGCGGCUUUCGCGAUUACAGCCGCGCACGCCUCGCCAUAUCGCAAGACCAGUAAAGAAGAAUUAAAGCGCCUUAAGGAGGAAUAUCGUUGCCGCUCCCGGCUCGCAAGGGAAGGAGGCGGAGAGGGAAUGGACGCGAGUCGUCGAGUCGCUGCCCUUUACGAGAUAAGCAGACACAAAGGGUCGAAAACGCAUUGA